ACUGAAAAAAUACGCCCCUAGCGAUCCUGAACCCCCUAUUUCUAUUUAGUUCUAAGUCCUGUCCCCAUACGACGCUGUCGGAGGUCUACAGUAAAAUCCAAUGGGAUAUCUACUCUUGAUAUAGUUAUUAAUAUGUCGGAUUUAAUGUUUGAUGAACUCGAUGAAGUUCACGUUAGAAAUUAUGCCGAAGUACUGGAACAAAGGCAAAACGAUGAAGGUGUAGAUACUGCAACAUCGUUCGCACAGAAUCGUGUGGAAAAUUUCGUACUUGACUUGUACAAGUUAAAUAAGAAACCCAUUUUGAUGAGACAAAAACAUAUAGAAUUAUUAAAAAGAUCAUUGACCCAUCUCAGCCAACCUUACGAUCAUUUAGAUUGCAGCAGAUCAUGGUUAUGUUAUUGGAUUUUACAUUCCCUCGAAAUAUUAGGAGAACGUUUGGACGACGACGAUUAUUCUAAAAUUGCUACUUUUUUGGCCAAAUGUCAGUCACCUGAAGGAGGAUUCGGAGGAGGUCCAGGACAAUAUCCUCAUUUAGCUAGUACUUAUGCAGCUGUGAAUGCACUGUGUACCAUUGGUACUUAUCAAGCGUAUCAAGUAAUUAACAGAGAAAGACUGAAACGCUUUUUAUCAUCCUUACGGCAGGAGGAUGGUUCUUUUAGUUUGCAUGCCGAUGGAGAGGUGGACAUAAGAGGAGUAUACUGUGCAGUUGCUGUAGCAAAGCUAACAAAUGUAUAUACUCCUGAAAUGUUCAAAGGAACUGCAAAUUGGGUAGCUGAAUGCCAGACAUGGGAGGGUGGUUUUGGUGGUUGUCCUGGCAUGGAAGCUCACGGGGGAUAUUCGUUUUGCGGAGUAGCGGCACUUAUACUUCUCGAAAAAUAUAAUUAUUGUCACUCAAAAUCACUGCUGAGGUGGAUAGUAAAUAGACAAAUGCGUUUAGAAGGUGGAUUUCAAGGACGCCCUAACAAACUUGUAGAUAGUUGCUAUUCAUUUUGGCAAUGUGGAGCUUUUCCAUUAAUUAAUGGAACUUUAAGAUUACAAGGGAAGGAGUUUAAUUCUAAGUAUUGGUUGUUUGAUCAAGAGGCUUUACAAGAAUAUUUACUAAUUUGCUGUCAACAUCCUCAUGGUGGCUUUUUGGAUAGACCUGAUUGCUAUCCAGAUUUGUAUCACACAUGUUACGCGCUUAGUGGAUUAUCUGUUGCACAAAAUUCUCCAUGGUCUGUGGUCAUCGGCCCUCGUACCACAAAUUUAGUGAAUAUAAUUCACCCGGUAUACAACCUAGUAAUGCCUUGUGCAAACAAGGCAUUGGAGUACUUUGAUAGUCUACAAAUACCUGACUGAACAUGUGUUUGAUAUUCGAAGUGCAUUAAUAGAAUAACAAAUGUUUCUAUUGCAUUUUGGAAAAAAUUUGGAAGAGACAGAUUCUAUUUCACUUCAUAUUAAAAUUGACCAACAAAGUGUAAAUAUAAAGUUAUUUAUUAAUAAAAUUAAGAAUUACUAUGAUUCAA